AGUUCAUCUGGAAUUUCCGACGUGGUUUCCCCUUGUUAGUUGUGCAGGACAGAGAGCCUGACAAGGACAACUGUUUAGUCCUUCGGAUGAUAUAAAAACCGAGGCCCCGUGUACACAUUGGCGUGCAAGUAUAUAGAUCCUUUGACAGUUGUAAUUCGAUAUAAGAGUAAGCCAAAGUGCCGCUGCCCAAGCAAAAUGUCCCGUCUUCAUUAGCCCAGUCAGAGAUGAACAGUGGGACAAUAAACCCCAUUUCAUUUAAUUUCAUUUUUACAGUUGUGGGGCCGGGUGGGCGUGAAUACACUGCCGUCUCUAGAAGGUUGGAUAUAUGAAUGAAAGGGUCGUAUUGAGUUUAAAUUGUCAAUACAAUAACAUUAGGGAGAUGGUCAGACAGUAUCACGCAUUAACAACUGUAAUAUGCAUUUGUAUCACACUGACUGGAGGUCUUGUUCACUACCAGUGUUAUUCCACAAAAUGUCCAAAAGCAGAGAUUAAAUGUGGACCAGAUUAUCAUAUAGCUUUAACAGAAAUACGAUAUGGAUUUAAAAAUAAAUCGUGUAAUAGUCCGACGCAGUGUGAUGCGACAUGUUGUAAUUAUGAAUCAGGGGACUGUUUAACAAGCUAUGAAGACGAUAAGUUGAAUUUGGCAUAUGACCACUGUCAGCUCUAUGAUAAAUGUCAAAUAGACAUCGAACGAAUAACAGCUGAGGAAUGUGGGAGAGGCUGGUCAUCAUUCACAAAGAUUGAAUAUGAAUGUAUUGCUGAUUCUGAUAUACAGAUGGACCUAGUAGAAGGUAAUAAAUCCAGUAUACUGUACAACAUGGCUCAUAGUAAUUUGGCAGAUGUUGUUUGUAGGGUGACAUCAAACAGUGACGUCAAAAUAAAAAUUCAACAACUUAGCCUACAAGCACCAUCGAACAGUGAACGGAAACUGACCAUUGUCAAUUCGACAGAGACUGUGGUGGCUUACGAUGAGACAUAUAAGUUCUACAAAGAACUUGGUAAACAUGGCACUCCUAUCACAGUUACUAUUAGAGAUUUGGAUAAAUCUGAUAUCAUCUGGAUUAGUUUUGAAGGUGUCGAUGUAUACAUAAAUUGUGAAAAAUUGCCGAGCCGUGUCGGUGAUCAGAAUGGUGCUAAUACCGAGAAGAGUUCUCCCGAUAAGCAAUCUCCCAAUGAGCAACCCCCCGAUGAGCAACCUCCCGUGUGGAUUUAUAUCAUCGUCGGUAUAGUUGGUUUAUUGUUGGUUGUUAUCAUCAUAGUAGUUAUCUAUUUCCUGCACAAGCGGUCAAAGAAGAAGACUUCUAUAGCAGCGAGACUUGAUACAACCAGUAACAAUUACACCUACUCUGAAAUUCCCUUAACAGGUACACCCGAGCUGAAUACAGCUGAUUCCAGUGUACACUACAGAGUUCCCGAUCAAACUGUGGAAUAUAAAUACACGGAGCCAGCGCCAAUUACACACAGCGAAUUAAACGUAGCUGCUUCUGAUACCCACCCAGAACUUUCAGAUGAUUAUGACCAUCUGGGUGAAUUAAGAAAGGGUGGUCAACCCAUAAACACCACUCAUUAUCAUCAUUUACCCAUGAACAAAGGGUAUCCAGCAAGUAACGAUGAUUAUAAUCAUCUGGGUGCUCUCAAGGUAGAUAACUCUACCGUCGAUGAUACGUAUAACCACCUUGGUGGUGUGAGUAAGGACAAACUUGAUGAUGAUGAUUUGUACAAUCAUUUAAAGAAAUGAACGCCUUUAGAUGCAAAAUACUCAAAUAAACAUUAAAAUGCGUUGAUAUCAAAUAUAUGUUUUUACUACUUGUAUUAUCUAUAACCGAGACCAAUUGGUCAUUAAGCUAGUAGAACGCUAGAUCGGAGACGGUCCUGCACAUAUGACGUCAAAUGUAGAUUGGUCCAGGGUUAGUGCUAGAUCUGUUUAGAUAUCGAUACUUUGCCUAACCCUUACCCUAAACCUAACCCACAAUCCGCAUAUGACGUCAUAUGUGCUAAAAUUUGCAGGACCGUCUCCGAUCUAGCGUUCUCCAAUGAGCUAUUUUGAAGUCUCAAAGAGUCACAUCUCAUAGAUAUAUCUAUUUUUUAAGUUUGAUAUUGGAUUCAUAUUUGAACAAAAAUAUGUUAUCAAUAACUGUCAUGACAAUAAGUUGCUCGACGUGUCUAUAAUGUUAAAUGUACCAUAAUGUAAUCAUACAUCAACAAUUUUGUAAUGUUAUCUUGCUGAAGAGCAGGCUUUCUCAUUCUAAGAACUAAAAAAAUAUAUUAUUAAAUUCGUCAAUCUGAUUAAAACACAGAUCCUAAUGCGUUUCGUUUUUAUAGUUCAAAAUUUCGUUUUACUUGUCUUUACUACAUUAGGAAGUGUUGUUAUCAUUGACGUGUUCUGAAUGGUGUGAGAGAUUAGCCAAUGACACGGUCUGUUACUGCGAGCAUUAGGCGUAAUCCACUAGUAACAUCAAUGCUGAUUGGUUAAUUACAUGUCUGACGUCAUAGGGUCAAAAGCCGUUCGUAUGACCUCUGACUCGACCUUUCGCUACAACCGGUCAGAUCUUCAUGUAGUGUAGGUCAUCGAAAGUAUAAAAAAAACGAAUCGAAAUAUAGAUCUGUAUUGUAAUCCGAUUGUAAAUUAGUUAAAUAUAAUAUAAUCAUCAAACUUAGUGUACCACCAGUACGUUCCCGUGUACCGUGAUUUUUCAUAUUCCUAAAGCAUCCAUCUUAUUUAUCAAAUUGUGCAUAUGAUUGAUUCUAGUAUUGAUCUCAUUACUCGAUAAAGGCGGAACCUUUAUUCGAUAAAUUUGGUUUUGAAAUGAAAUGGGGUUUAACGUUCUACUUUCAUGCUUCGACUGGGCUAAUGAAAACGGACAUACGCCAUACAGUGUGUUAUGAGUGAAAUUUUGCACCGACUGACAAGGGGAAGCCACACCAGUGAUUCCCAGGCUAGCGAGCCAACGUCUGACUCACUUAGCCAGUAACUAGUAUGUAUGUAGUUUAAUCAUACUGUUAAUAUCAAUUGUACGGAGAUGGACAGUUCUUACAAGUAUACACAAGAUGAUAUUUUCCUGAAUGACAUGACGUAAAAUCAAACAAUAUUAUGGUUCCAAUUUGCACAUUUUUUUAAACAAAUAAAGUAGCAUAACGUAUAGUUACAUUGCUUGUAAAGUGUGUGUUAGUAAGGAAACGUAAUAAAAUGUUAUUAAUGUCUUCCAAUAUUUAGAUAUUACAAUUGUCAAAUAUUUCCUGUUUAAAAUUUGAUUUUCAGAUUCA